GCUGAGAGAUGAGGUUCAUCUGCGGAAUCUUGCUCGCUGCCUCCUUCUUCGUAGAGGAUGUCCUCCCUAGCAAAAUCUUGAUUGUCAUGCCAUUCCCACUGUAUAGUCACAGUAUGGUCUUCAUACCAUUUUUCAAGGCCUUAGCGGAGAAAGGGCACCAGGUAACCUAUAUGGGGCCUUAUGCGGGAAAGGUAUCUGCACCGAACUUGAAGAGUAUCGAGAUUAACAUCACUGUUGCCAAGAUAGCUAAACAUAGCACUUUUCGUCCUCACGAGUUUAAAGGCUGCUGGUAUGAGAUGUUCGGGUUGUGGAGACAUUGUACAGGAAUGACUUCUUUCAUGCUUUCCGAGAUCACACAUCUACUGCCUCCAAAGAGUGAGAACUUUGAUGUGGUAAUUGUUGAACCGCACUUUUGUCAGGAACCACUUGGGAUUCUCGGACACUAUUACAACGCUCAUCUGGUCACCAUAAUGCCAGGGCCUGUGAAUCCGUCUAUAGCCUACCACACUGGCACACCCACCAAUCCAUCCUAUAUACCAUUGAUCAGGGCAGGAUUCACAGAUCGGAUGAACUUUUGGGAGCGAUUGGAGAAUACCUUUUUGACAACAUCUGAACUUAUUGGACAUCAUCUGUACUUCUUACCAGUUCAGGAUAAAGUAAUGAGAAAUUGGCUGAAGGAUCCUAACUUGCCAUACCUUGGCGAUGCCUUGACAAACGUGUCCCUGUCAUUGGUAGAGACACAUUAUUCCAUCAACUACGCAAGACCAUAUGCCAGAAACGUCAUAGAAGUUGGUGGAGUAUCCCUAAAAGUCUCCCAACCAUUACCAGAGGAUCUGGAGAAGUAUAUCAGUGAAUCAAAACACGGCGUUAUCUACUUUAGUUGGGGAUCCCACUUUGAGGGAAAGAACUUGGAACUAGCUUUGGAUUCCAUCAUGGAAUCUUUUAGGUAUGUAAAGCAGCGUGUCCUAUUCAAGAUGUCCAAUCGCACCUUCUCCUCAGUGCCCAGCAACGUUCUAGUAAGACCAUGGUUCCCGCAGACUAGUGUGUUAAGCCAUGAUAAUGUUGUUCUUUUUAUAAGUCACUGUGGACUGAACAGCAUGUAUGAAUCGGCAUACCAUGGUGUUCCAGUAUUGGGUACUCCAGCAUUUGCAGACCAGUUUCACAAUGCACGACUUAUAGAGUACCUAGGUACAGGAAUUGCUGUUGAUCCUCGCACUAUAACAGAUUAUUCCAAAAUAUUGCCAGCUAUGAAAAAAAUAUUAAAUAAUCCCAGUUACAGAGAAAAAGCUAAGAAACGUGUUUCUGUCAUCAGAGACAAGCCUAUGCCGCUCAUCGACGAAGCCAUUUACUGGAUCGAGUAUGUGAUCAGACAUAAUGGGGCGCCACACCUUAGGCCAGCUUCCAUAGAUUUAGCUUGGUACCAGCUGUUUUUGAUUGACAUCAUAGGAUUUGUAUUGUGUCUCUUUUUAAGUUUUGUGAUACUGCUUUGGUAUAUGAUAAAGAUACUUUGCAGAAAACCAAGUCCUCCUCACCACACCAGCAAGAAAGCUCAGUAAUUUAUAGAAGUAUAUUUGAUUUUUAGAUAACAGUAUUGAAAAUAUUUAUUUUAACUAUUGGAUGACAAUAUGUAAAUAAACCAAGAGUUUUCAUACUUUUUCUCAAAUCUUUAAAAUUUAUAAUUUAGUUUUAUUCUGGAGUACAGAUCUCAAGCAAUAUAUUCCACUUCAGUAAAUUUGUAUUGAUAUCUAUAAUUAUUACUAUAAAAUUCAUAUUAUUUUAGUUUCAUAAAUUCUUUCUUUCCAGGAAAUUUGUCUCAUAAUCCUUAUUUAUUGCAGCUAAAUAUUUAAAUUUUAAUUUAGAUAAUCAAGGAGAAAAAUGACUUCUCUUCAGUGGACAUGUAUAAUAAAGAUCUAAAGUAGAAUCUGAAAUUCAAAUGAUGGGAUCAGGAAAAUUAUUAUUUUAUGCUUUGAAUAGAGACUAACACUGUGGAAUCAACCAUGGAAUGAUCUCCUAGAAUACUAAUGUGAAUAGGACAAUAGAAUAAUGAAACAGAAUAAAUAAUUAUUAUUCACAACCAGACUUGAAUCUGGGCCUAAGAGAUGAGCACAAUGCCUUACCCACUGCAUAAGACAGCUCCCUAAGGUAAACUAAUACAACAUAUUAAUUAAUCGACGCUUGAUUGCUAUUUAAUUAGGGAUAAAACAAAAGAAAAACAACAAUAGAAAAAUUAAACAUAACCUUUUAU